CCAAAACAAAAGAGAAAGCACAAGAAUCUAACAACAAAAACCUAGGAGACGAACUUCACUGAACAAUGAUGUUCAAAACCCACAAUUCUCUUAUUACAUUAAAAACCUUAUUACAAUCAAAAUCCCAGCUUGAACCUCAAAGCAACAAACUUUACGAUUUUUUCCAAAGUCGGUCCAUUGUAAAAGUAAGGCUUAAAUGGGUGAAAAACCGAUCUUUAGACCAUAUAAUUGAUACAGAAACUGAUCUUAAAGCAGCUUGUCUUUUAAAAGAUGCAAUCAAAAGGUCUCCUACUGGAUUUCUCACUGCAAAGUCUGUCUCUGAGUGGCAAAAACUUCUUGGCCUUACCGUGCCUGUUUUACGUUUCAUGCGCAGGUACCCAACACUUUUUAAUGAGUUUCCACAUGCUCAAUACACAAAUUUGCCUUGUUUUCGGUUAACAGACACUGCGCUCUUGCUAGAUUCACAAGAACAAACUAUCCAUCAAACUUACGAGAGUGAUACAGUGGAAAGACUUUGUAGAGUGCUUAUGAUGAUGAAGAGUCAGACAGUGCCCCUUCAAUCACUACACCCCUUGAAAUGGGAUCUGGGCUUGCCUGUUAACUUCGAGAAAGUAUUGAUACCCAAGUAUCCUGACCAUUUUCAAUUUGCUAAGGCACCAAAUGGGACUAGGAGUUUGCGGCUUGUGCAAUGGCAUGAAGAAUUUGCAGUUUCGGCAUUGCAGAGGAGCAAUGAGACUAGUGAAAAGGGGAAGGAGUAUCGGCAGUUUAAGAGUGGGUACACAGCUUUGACUUUCCCAAUGAGUUUUCCAAAGGGCUAUGGAGGGCAGAAGAAAGUGAGAGCAUGGAUGGAGGAGUUUCACAAAUUACCUUAUAUUUCACCUUAUGAUGAUUCAAAAAGGAUUGACCCGGAUAGUGAACUCAUGGAGAAACGGGUUGUUGGAGUUCUGCAUGAGCUUUUGAGCCUCACAAUUCAUAAGAAGACUAAGAGAAACUACUUGAGGAGCCUGAGAGAGGAAUUAAUUCUUCCUCACAAGUUUACUCGACUCUUUACAAGGUAUCCAGGGAUUUUCUACCUCUCGUUGAAGUGUAAGACAACAACUGUUGCUCUAAGAGAAGGUUACAGACGUGGAAAAUUAGCAAAUCCACAUCCUCUUGCUCGUCUAAGAGAAAAGUUUUAUCACGUGAUGAGGACAGGGCUUCUUUAUCGCGAUAAAGGUGUAAAGAUGAUUCCUCAGGAAAUUUUGCUAAAUGACGUGGAGGAUGAAACUGGACAAGAGGAAUCUGAGGAGGAAGAGGAUGAAAUAGGUGAUGGCUGCUACGAGGAAACCUCUGAGAUGGGAGAGGAUUCUGAUGAAGAAUAGUCUUUUAUCCAAAUAAAUUUGCUUAUUGCCACAUUUUAGAAGUGAGAGAAAUGGUCCUCGGGACCUUCAGAUAUUGAGUUGAUGAUCUCCGAACAGAAGUAUUGAAUUUGGAUAAUUAUCUUGCCAGUUGCCAAAGGUAGCUCUCGACUGUUUAUGUUAUUAGGGGACUGUGUUUA